UGCUGCGGCGCGGCGAGGUCGGGGCGGGGGCUUCCCCGGAGGCGGGCGCUGGCCGAUGUGUGGGGGUUCCUCGGGCUGAACCCCAAGGCUGAGACGCGGAGGCCCCAGUCAGCGCGCCCUUCUGCCUCCAGUGAUGGGCUCCAAAACCAAGAAGCGUGUGGUGCUGCCCACCCGGCCGGCGCCCCCCACGGUGGAGCAGAUCCUGGAGGACGUGCGGGGGGCGCCCGCCAGCGACCCUGUCUUCACCGCCCUGGGCUCGGAAGACAUCGCAGGCCCCUCCUGGCAGGCUGAGGACGCCGGGGCCCAGGAGGAACAGUUCUACCAGCAGAGCCGGACCUACGUGGCCAUCAACCAGCAGCUGCAGCAGGCAGGUGACAGGUUGAAGCAGAAGUGCAAGAACCUGCGGGAAGCCGGCGAGGAGCUGGAGCGCGCCAUCAGCCAGGUGAAGCAGGUGGCGCUGCCAGGCGCAGAGGCCACCUCAGGCUGAUCUGGCCAGCUGCGCGCCUGAACACACGGUAGGAUCUGUGCCUCCCCAUGACUCCUGACCUGGCCCACCCCACGCAGGGGCCCCUGGACCCAGAAGCAGGCUGCAGGCUGUUUGUUCCACGGCUUGGACUCACCUGGUACCUGGAGACCCAGGGCCAGAGCCCGCCUGCAAGGUGGCAGCAGGGAAAUGUGGGCUAUGACCAAGAUGACCCCGCCUGCCUCUGCGGGGGUGCUGCUCGCCCCCAGGAUUUCUCUCCAGGACCUGAUCACAUUCGAGUGCAGACUGGACUCUGUGCAAGGCCCCCAGAACCCAGGACCCUGCCUCUCGCCACCUGUUUGGCUGUGUUGCCCCCUUCAGCUGACACAACCCGCCCUGCCGGCCCCAUACGUCUUUGAACUGCAGCCACGGCAGUUCUGGAACAUGAUGGGGUUCUUUCCCCCACUCCCCACCCUCACCCCCAUGGCCCUACGAGGAGUGGUCACUCAGCACGCCGGAGCUGAUGUGGGCACUCAGGUGGGUGCUGCCCUCGGGCAUCGAACUCCCUGACCUGAGGCCUGGGCUCUCCUCCAGGCCUCCAGUCUGGGUUCCGUCAGCCCCACGCUGUGUCUGACUUGAUUGAGAGAAAAGACUGAUCAGUCACUGCCCCAAGCCCGACUGCCCUUGUCCUGGCAGGCCUCGCCCCAUUCUCUCUUGAGUGGAGUGGGGCAGGUGAGGCUCUUGAAAAGGGCCUAAAAACAUCCCAGGGAAGCCAUCGGCCAGCGAGAAGUGACCCAGGGGCCCGGCCCAUUGUGGGUCCCCCCUGGGUACCCCGUGCCCUUACCCAGUUUCACCCUCUGCCACUGCCCGUCCUGGCAGCUACUCGGUGCGUCCCUGCUUGACCCGGGCCCAGGUGGGGGGCACGAGAAGCCCUUUCCUGUCCACCCCAGCCCAGCCUUGACCACUUGGAGGUGGCGCCGCAGGCACAGUGGGCAGCAGUUCGAUAGCCCCAUUUAUUAAAGGUGCACGUGACACGUCGGGUCCACGCUUCCUUCUGCCAACAGACGGCUUGAUGAGUCAUGGGGUGGCUAUUUACACACGUCCUGUAACGCUGCAGACACCCGAAGGUGCGGGAGUGGAGGGAGACCGAGAUGACCAGGCUGAGCUGUGGGCUGCUGUAGCCACCGAUGGGACAAACGGGGGUAGGUAGGGGCGAGGUAAACCUGCGCGGAGGGCACGUCGCCCUGAAUUCAGCACCCAGCUGAUGGUGGUGUCCAUCUACCCCUGGGCUAAGGCCAAUGGUUUGGGGUGCCAGGCAUGUCCUCAGCUGGCCCCUAGAGCACUCAGAGGCAGAUGGUGUCUCAGUGGCUCCGGCGGCCUGUGUCCCCUCGGGGUGGCCAAGGAGACUGGUCGUCCUGAGGAGACUGGGCUUCCAGGGGCAAGUCUUGUGAGUCCAUAAACUUGAGCGCUCUUGCUUCGCCUUCAAGUUGAUUGUUCAGUGACAGCUGAUCUCCUCGGGGAAACAGCUUUUCUUCCCGGGGCCCCAAGGUCCCCCCCCACCCCUCCGCCCUCCUCCAGGCUGGAUGAUGAGGUGUGCUGUGGCCGAGGCGUCAGGGGGAUGGAGAAGGCAACGGUGGCCGCUGGACGUGGGAUGUGGUGCGGGCUCCCAACUGUCUCUGCAGAUAAGAGGCAAUUGGAGGGGCACCCCCAUCCAGCCUCUCCCCCGGUCACGGGGCUGCUCUGCCUGCCUGAGAGGUAGCUCUGGGGCUUCCCCCCAUAGCCCACACGUGGAAACUGAGGCACAAAGUGGCAAGAGCACUGCCCAGGGUCUCCCAGUACAUGGUGGCCCCUCCACUCUGAACCCCUUGACUGUGCGGGGCCGGGUCUCUGCUCCCCACCCCCAUCACUUCCAGAUGUGGCUGGCCCAUGGCUGUCCUGAGUCAGUCGGCGUCCGGCAGCCCCCAGAUCUGAAGAGGAGCUCGGGAGACCGCCUGUUCCCGGCCUUCAAGCUACAGAUGGGACGUGGGGGCAGUGGGGGUUCUGAGAUGCGUCUUAGAUCCUCGUGCUGUGUCCACUGGCAAGGCCCUGUCCAGUCACCCGGGAGCUCCUCAGCCACUGGUUGCAGCUGUGCUCGCAGGAGUGUUGAGCACGCCAGCUCCUCUCUGCACACUUCUGUGUGCUAGUCGGGGUGUCUCGGGGAGUGGGGUGCAAGGCGAUACAUGUUUGAGAAGCAGCAGCGUGUGUCUGGGGGUAGAUCAGACCAGUGGGGCCCACAGUGUCCGUUGGUCAAGAAUGGUCCUGCCAGAGGAGACACUUCCCGCCCUGGGUGAUCUCUGGCCCGCAGGGGCCCGUGGCAGGGGAGAGCCCGAGGACAGCUUCACCCAACUCUCAACCCACCUCUCCUCCUCCCAGGGCGGGGAUUCGCAGUCUGUGAUCGCGAGGAGCACCCAUACCCAGCCCUGCAGCACAGCUGGGAAGGCAGAUCCUUCCAGAGCCAGGAUUCGACAGGAAGGGAGGCCCUUGGCUCUGCUGAGGAAGGCACACCCCGCGCAGAGGCUGACCAGGCUCACCCCAGGGUCCCUGAAGUAGGGACAAGAUGCAGGGGAGACAGGCGCCCUUUGGAGCAGCUUCCUGGGCUCACUGUGGCCCCCUCUGGCACGGUUCCUCCCCAGCUGGCAUCUGCCUCAGCACGUCCAGCUGAUGAUGCUUUGUCCCUCGGGCCCAGCACUUCCUCCAAGGGCCAGCAGCCUCGUCUGCCCCCACAGCAGUGCUGUCCAGGAAAGGAGGUGCGUGGCAUGGAGCCCGCGUGCCAGGAUAGCCCUCAAGUGCCUUUCCCCAUGGAGUCUGCCUCGCCUGUGCCCUAGACCCUCAGGGGUCCCUAGAGGGUCACUUCCAAGACAUGAUCUCCCCCUGCACCAUGCCCACCAUCUCUGGACCUGAUCCCAGGGUCUCGCCAGCUGGGAAUGUGGGGGUGGCCCACAUGAGCAGCAAGGCCCUCCCAUCCACGAGCCUACCUCUUCUGGUUCUUUCCAAGAGAGAGGGAGGAGCCUUGGUAUCGCUCCAGCCUCCUCCCUCUGUCCACUAGCCAAGGGUGCCUUAGGCGCCCUAAAUGUCACUGGGGGCAGGGCUGUCUUUCUGCGGGGCUUAGUCACGCCCCUCCCCCUGCACCCCCCAGCUGGGGCUGAGAAGACAAACAAACUGGUAAAGUCAUUAUUAACCAAUUACCCUGCCUUGGUAAUUACAGACAUUGUCCCUGUGCCAGUGCGUGCCAUGGCCCCAGCUGGCGGCAGGCUGUGCCACCCUGUCUAGACUGUCUUCCCCUGUAGCAGGUGCAAUCACCUCCCUGCAACUCUGAAAUGGAGAGAAGGGUCAUGCCUGAGGCCUGGCUCUCGCUGCUGGGGGCAGCCCUGACCCGGAGGGUGGCCCUGAGCCUGCAAGGCUGCAACCAGGCGCCCUCCUUCAUGCUCCCUAGCCAGGACUGGAGGCUCAGGCUGGAGCCCCGUCUCCUCCCACAGCCCCCAGCACAGAAGCAAGCGUCUACGAGUGAGAUGUGAGGCCAGUGCCAGCUGCGGUGGGGCUCCCAGAGCAGGGGCUG